CAAAGUUAGUCACGUGGUCCGCAGGAGGUAAAGCUGAACAGUGACUAAUAAUUUCUUGACCUGCUUAACGGCAGGAAUUGGACUUGCUGUCUUCAGUUUCAUAUCUCCAAUAAUGCAGGGAGAGGACUUUCAGUCUUUUCGAGGCCCACACCACAGAUAAACGCCGGUUCAAUGGCAUCCCCCUCAGCAAAAGAACUCGGCGCAGUCGGCCCUGUUGAGGGGACUUUAGGGGGAAUGCCUGGGGCCCGACUACCUCCUCGACCGCAUCACCCGUCCCCAUCGACUGCAGUGCCAUCGCCAGGAUCUCUAAUGGUGGAAUCGGUGGACGAUGCCGAGGGUCUCUAUGUAGCUGUUGAGCGGUGCCCUCUCUGUAACACAGCUCGACGUAGACUGACCUGUGCCCGAUGUAUUCAGAGUGGCGAUUUUAUUUACUUUGACGGUAGAAAUCCUGAACGUUACAAGGAAAAAUUGGAAAGACUAAAAGCGCUCAAAGAUGAAAAAGAAAAUCUUCAACAAAGAGUUAUCCAAGCCAUGGACAAGAAGAUUCAGGCAGACCAGCUUAAAUGGAAGAUCAUGUCCUGCAAGAUGAAGAUCGAACAGAUGAAAGAGGCCAUAUCUAAUGGAAACGAGGAAGUGAAGAGUGGUAAAGACCUGCUGGUGCGCUCGCAGGAGGAGAGUCAGCGUCUGCAGCGGCGGGCCAGCCGGCACCAGGAGAAGCGGGACAAGAUCGAGCGGCACAACCGGCGGCUGGCUGAGCUGCUGGAGCGGAGGGGACGUGAACUACAGGGCCGGCUGGAGGCGCUGGCCGAGGUGCGGCGGGGACACAUCCUGGAGCUCAUCACACACAUCUUCUCCAUGCAGGAGGAGAAGCAGGGCAGCAGAGACCCGGCUGAUGUGGCUGCAGAGAGUGACCUUGCCCUGACCUCCAGCACGGUGAGCGAGCUAGCAGAGGCGCGCCGGACCACCUACCUGUCCGGCCGCUGGAUCUGGGACGACCAGAAUGGAGAGACCAGCAUCAGCAUCACCGGCCCCCACGUCACGCUGCCCAGCAACGGAGACUGUUCCGCCUACUACGGCUGGGUGGAGGAGAAGAGCACCACCCAAGGCCCAGAGCUGGAUCACAUUAACCCUGCCCACUCCAUCAGUGCGGCCCUGUGCUAUGCCACCCAGCUGGCCAACAUCCUCUCCCACAUCCUGGACGUCAACCUGCCCAAGAAACUGUGCAACAGCGAGUUCUGUGGCGAUAACUUGAGCCGCUACAGAUUCACACGUGCGCUCACCAAACUCAACACCAACAUCCUGCAUCUCUGUUUCUCCCAGCAUGUUGAAAGUGAUCUCCUGCAUCCUCAUCACACCCUGAGGAAUAUCAUGUUUCUGGUCUCCCCUGAAAAUAAGAACCUCGGCAGAACGGGUCCAUUUGAGGCCAGCGCUGACCUGGAGGAGUCCAUGGAGUUCGUGGAGCCGGAGGCAGCCGGGCCAGCCGAGGAGAGUGGCGACGAGGCGCCCAGCGACGAGGAGACGGACCUGGGCACAGACUGGGAGACGGUGCCCAGCCCGCGCUUCUGCGACAUCCCCUCGCAGCCCAUGGAACUCUCGCAGAGCACAGCCAUGCAGGCGUCGCAGCCGGCGGGCAACGCCGGGGGCAUGAUCUCCUCGGCCGCCGCCUCCGUCACCUCCUGGUUUCGCGCCUACACCGGCCAGCGCUGAACUGGACGGUCACCGAAUCAGCUGAUGCUGUAGCUAUGCAAAAAAAAAAAAGAGAAAAUACUCAACAAAGGAAAAAAAAAAGACCACACACUUCUGUGUUGCGUUGCUAUCUUCAUCUGUCUGUCAGCCUCUCUUUCUCUUCUACUCUGUCAGCUUGCACACUGGGAGGAAAGAAUGACACACAGGCCAAUGAUUUAAAUUCGAAAAAAAAGGGAUGUCUUGUUUUUAACUGAGAUCGCAUGUUUAUGUGUGGCAAGACGGAGCUUGUUUUUUGUUUUUGUUUUUUUUUUCAUAAAUACCGACUGAGAUGGUUCUCACCACGGUUCAUGUUGACACAAAAAUGAUACCAUUGUCAGACUUAGGCUGUACAAAGAAGCAUGUGAAAGAAAGACUAGAGUUGUCAUGACUGGAUGCCGAGAAAUGGUCACUGGAGUUUGCCGGCCCCCCCCCUUUGCAAUCCUCCACCAUCGGUCUCACCACAACAGCUGUCAGCCCUCUUCUUUCUCCUCUCUGAGUUUGCAUCAGUCUGCAGCUGAGCGGAGACAAUGCCUGCUAUACCACAGACCCAACCCUAGAGGCUGAGGGAACGCAGGAUUUCUCUAGCUGUGAGAGGACCAGGCUGCUCAACUUUCAGCCGAUUUCUCACAGUCCUUACUGUACGACAUCUGUUUUGAGGCUGGAUGGAAAGAAAUUGAAUUGUGAAGAUUGAAUGGUGUGUGUGUGUGUGUGUGUGUGUGUGUGUGUGUGUCUGCAUUUGUGUCAUCUGACAGGAUGUCAAGCAUAGCAAGCUUGCUCAGAGGGGUAAAGACAGAUCAUCUUUUGCGCCCCUCAACUUAUGACUCUUAAGCACCAACAGUUUUACUCUUCUAUUGACCUACCACUACUGAAUGUUCGGAGAAGUAAACAGCCACUGUCGGAUCACAGACAAGUGGACAUGAGCACCUUUGGUUAUUUGAGAUGUGACUUGGAGAAACAAAACUAAGACAUCAGUACAGUAUCCACUAUGCCAGCAGAUGUCACAUUUACUUGUUUCUUUUAGUGGUCUUAGUUAAUGUGUGAGUUUCUUAACUGUUGAAUACAGCAUAUUCAGAUGUCAUGUCCAUGUCACUAUGGAAAACUCUAUUGUACUUUUGUGUGACUGUGUAAAGACCUACAUCUCAGACUAGGAAGCCUGAUUUAUUUUUUAAGGGUUGAGGGUUUGAUUGAUAUAUAUCUGUCCAUAUAAAUGGCAGGCAUUAUGUGGUAAUGUCAUGGUUAAGUCUUUGUUGCCAUAAAAAAUGAGAACCUUA